UUCGCGCAUGCGCAGUAAGGACCAAACAGAGAAGGAGACGAGAAACACGCAAAGAACGAAAGAACGAUUGUUUUUGGUAACAGCGAACGAGCGAACUAGUCACCUAGGGAUCUUUCGCGCAUGCGCAGUAAGGACCAAACAGAGUAGGAGAAGAGAAACACGCAAAGAACGAAAGAACGAAAGAACGAUUGUUUUUGGUAACAGCGAACUAGUCACCUAGUUCGCUCGUCAGAACAGUUCAAAAUGAACUGGUAGUUCGCGAACUACCCAUCCCUACUUUGGACGUACUAUAUUAUUUUAUUGUAAAUUAAUUACCAAUGUAAUUUUACAGCAAAUAAAAAUGUUUAAGUAAAAAUAUUAUAUUAGGUUGCUAAAGGUGUAUUUAUUAUUGGAGGAAUAAAUGUCAUGUUAUUGAUUUUAAUUUGCUAAAGAUGGUAUUUAGUUUUUAGUUUGUUGGUUUUCUGAAAACUGUUUAUAAUCAGCUGUUUCAGCUGGCUGAAUGUUCGUCUGCAGAUGGAUCAAUUCAAAUGUUUUUAGAAUGUAAAAUUUUAUACAGUUUUUAAUAUGAAUGAUAAAGAUUAAGGAAUGUUCGAGUAAACUGAGUUGUGUUGUUGGGUCAUGAUGUUUUUAUAACGCAUUACGUUUUACGUUACUUUUGAUUGUUUUGCUUAAAAUGAUGGAUGCUGUUACAGAAGUUUCAAAAGAGCUUAAAAUUCCUAUUGCAUACAUAAAACGGACAUCAAGAAAAGACAGGGUGGUUGUUGUGGUUCAGCGUUUGUGGUUAAAUACCCUUGUGAAAACACAGUCCGUUCCAGUGUUUGCACCACACGAAAGCCUCAGUCCGGAGGAAGUGCAAGCAUGGAUGAAUCAAGGAGAAGAUCUGGGUGCAUCUUGGAGUAAGGUCUUGAUAAAGGUUUGGGUGAAAGGGCAGAAGAAGGUUAUUCCCCUCCCGAGAGCGAGACCUGUACCAUCAAAGUGUGAACCUGAUCUGUCUUUUGCCCAAGUAUUGCAUUAUGUCUCGCAGACAAACCACAAAAACUUAUGGAAAGAGGCUUUCAAAAAAUAUCUCAGCGGCUGGAUGGCCACGGAGGAGAAGCCCGGGCCGGCCGUCGGCCUGGUCAGCUGUGCGGCGGCCAUGAGAGAGGUGAUCCGGCGCGUGUACGGCUGCCCCCUGGUGGGCCCGGGGCGGGCGGCCGCGGGCGAGGGUCGCCACGAGGCCCCCUGCAACGUGCUGGCGGCGGUGUGCGCGGUGGAGACGCCGCGCAGCUUCCUGCUGGUGCACCCCUGGGUCGCGGAGCACACGGCGCAGGACUGCGUGACCUUCAGCCCGGCGCUGCUGGCCUCGGCCAACACCAGACCUCUGUUCCUGAUGUACCAGCUGCUGCAGGCCAUGCGCGACCUGCACGACCGGGGCACCAUCCUGGGAGACAUCACCCUGGGCGACGUGCUGCUGCGCGGCGACCUCUGGAUACAGAUCAUGCCCCACCUGGAGGACAACAUCCACGACGAGCCCCGCCCGGAGUGCCGGGAGAGGCGGGCCGACUCCUGCGACGGGGAGUGUCCGGACGAGGCCGGGCGAGGCCGCAAGCCCCGGUGCGACAGCGACGGCGCGGGCUGCGAGCUGAAGCGUCUGAGCGAGCUGUGGGUGCGGGGCCAGCUGUCCAACCUGGAGUAUCUGCGGGCGCUGAACCAGCGGGCGGGCCGCAGACACGGCGACCCCACGGGCCACCACGUCGUGCCCUGGGUCUCCGACUUCACCAGCCGCAGCGGCCUGCACUGGCGGGACCUGUCCCGCUCCAAGUACCGCCUCAACAAGGGGGACAGGCAGCUCGACUUCACGUACGACGCCCCGUCCAACGGAACUCAGGUGCCUCACCACGUGUCAGAUGUGCUGUCUGAGAUCACGUACUAUGUGUACCUCGCGCGUCGCACGCCCAGAUCCGUGCUGUGCAAGUACGUGCGCUCCCGCUGGGUCCCGGCCGAGUACCCUUCCUCCAUCCAGCGCCUGCAGGCAUGGACGCCUGACGAGUGCAUUCCGGAGUUCUUCUGUGACCCGACCGUGUUCCAGUCGAUCCACGCUGAUAUGCCGGACUUGGACAUCCCUCCCUGGGCACAGUCCAUCCAGGACUUUGUCGACUGGCAUCGCGAGGCCUUGGAGAGCCCGCAUGUGUCGGAGCGGCUGCAUCACUGGAUCGACCUCACGUUUGGAUACAAGUUGUCGGGUGCAGCGGCGGUGAAGGCCAAGAACGUCUGCCUCCAGCUGGUGGACAGCCACACGUCGCUGGCCAGCACGGGAGUGGUCCAGCUGUUUGCGCACCCGCACCCGCAGCGCGUCAUGCCGUCUCCCUUCUGGGGCAAGACUCCUCCCCGGCUGCAGCUGCCCCCGCACCAGAGCAGGCGUGUUGGAGAGCGGAUGAGCGAGGAGGAAGGACACAGUUCAGGGUUUGAGGAGGACGAAGUAGCGGGAGCAUUUUCUCAGAACCACUCUUGCUCAUCUCCACUCACGCUCUCGCGUUUUCUUAGUCGCUCCAGAGGUUCUCUGCAGGCGCUGGCCCAGCCAGGGCAGGCGGGCGACGAGACCGGCCCGCGGCCGCCCGAGCCCCCGAGGCAGUCGGCCAGCGGAGCGAGCUCGCAGACCAUCUUCCUGCCGAGGGACUUCAACCCCACGGCGGCCAUCCAGCAGGUGGAGCUGCAGCACAGCUUCCUCAUGAGGACCUUCCACCAGGGCCCGGAGGUGGACUGGAUCGCGGGAGGGGCGAGGGGCGGAGCCGCCGUGGGCCUCAUGCAAGUGGUCGCCUGCCGGAGGAUAAGGGAGAUGCAGGUGCUGGGAUGUCUGAUAGUAGAGUUGUUCCUGUCGUCCAAGUUGCGGGCUCUGGACAGCCACAACUCGGGGUGCUUCGACCAGCGUCUGGAAGCAUGCCGCUCCGUACUGCGUUGGUCAGGGGAUGGUCUGCCACCCUGUGCAAGGCACGUCGUCUCGCUGCUUCUCCGCACGGGCGAGGGUCGGCCCCCGGGGCCCUUCCGUUACCCGCCGGUCACACGGCAGGGCCUCCCCCCGCCCUCUGCCCACCAGCUGUUGCAGCCGGUGCUGUUCGCGGCCGUGCUCCCGUUCCCUCGCUGCUUCCCGCGCCUGCUCCGGCUGCCGGAGGCUCUCCGGGACGAGCCGGCCGAGUGCCGGGUGAAGAGCGCGGCCAGGGAGCUGGCCGUCCUGCUGCCCCAGCUGUCCGGGGAGGGCCUGGGCCUCCUCCUGCCCUACGUGGUGCAACUGCUGGAGGACCCCGCCACGUGCGUGCCGGCCGCGUGGUGUCUGUUCGACCCCGUGGCCGCCGCGCUGGGGCCCGGCGGGACGGCCCAGCAUCUGCUGCCCUCCGUGCUCGCCCUGUACGACUACCGAGAUGACGCUGGCGCCGUGAAGCUGUACCACCACAGCUUCCUCCUGCAGCUGGUGGUGCGGCUCGGCCUGCGGGUGUUCCUCGGGAGCUUCGUCACCCCCCUGGUGGAGGCGGUGGGCGGCUACAGAGACCUGGGCCACGCCGAGGGCUCGUCGCAGCACCAGCGGACCGACAUGCGUGCCAGAGCUGCGCAUUUGAAAGUGUGUGAUACCGAAGAAAACAUAGGAGAAGUGGACGUUGAUCAAGUGCUGUCUCCAGUAGAAGACGACUAUUCGGAAGAAUCCGACCACAGGAACAUGCAUCAAGAGGAAAAGCUGGACAAGGAUACGAGUGAACAGUCUCCACACUGCGACACCGAAAGUAAAGACAGUGAACCUGGCAUGUGCGUGCCAGAAGGGGAGGACGGCAAGGCGUCACCGGCGGAGGAGGGAGAGGCGCGGCUGUACGCCAUCAUGGCGCAGCUGGACCUCGCCACGCCACGCGCCGGCAGUGAGGGGGACGGGGAGGGGGAGGACGCAGUGUUCAACACCUGCCAGGACGAGACAUCGAGCAACACAGCGGAUGAUGCAGGUGAGCAGUCUGAUGAGAUGGUUCAGGAACAACUGACAGAGGAAGUGGAUCCCAUCGAGCAGUUCCUACAAGAGACUGGACACAAGGAAGACAGAUUCCAGAGAGAGAACUCUCAGUGCAAGGUGUCGGACAUGAGCGCGGACUCCGUGGCGUGGCUAUCGCACCGGCUGGGCCCGGUGCUGACUGCGCGGCACCUGUCGCGCAACUUGUUGCGCAUGUUGGCGCUGUGCUACCUGGGCAGCGACAACCUGCAGCCGGCGCACGGUUGGCUCGAGGUGCAGGCUCUCAGCAUCACCAGCACCACGCUCGUGGGCGACCGCAGUGCCGCCAAGGUCGUGGAGAGCCUGUCCGCCAUCGCAACGCUGUACGGGGAGCAGUUCGUCCUGCUACAGUACUUGCCGCACAUGAGCGAGCUGAUUGGCCUGUGCAAGAAGAAGCUGACCGUGGCCCUGGAGGGAGGCCUGGUGGGGGCGUUGUCGCUGCUGAUUCGCAUCGUGCCGUACCUCGGCGACACGGCCUUGAUGGACUACCUGCAGGAGGUCCUGCUGAGGAACAUCCUGCAGCCGGCCUUACGGCUGGUAUCGAGCACCAGGCUGGUGUUCCCGUCGGGGCAGGCGGGCAGGGCGGCCGCGGCAGCCAAGUGGGUGGACGCCCUGUACGUCAUUGCACAGCGCAUCGGUCAGGAGAUGACCAAGAAGCACUUGGCCGCGCCGGCCCUGCACAGGUUCUUCCUGGCGUUCGACAAGGCGCAUGACCGGAGCCGAGAGGCUGCCGUGGGCACAAGUGAAGCAGUGAACGACAGUCUCUGCAGCUCGUCUGUAGAUAGCAGCUAUCUGGAGAUAUGCCGUGAUGGCUCCAGUACAGAGUGGGCUGUUAGAGGAAGUGCUGUGCAAGAGACAUUUAGAGAAAAUGAUUUUGGAGAUUCGUUUUCACAGCCUUCAUCCGAUCAAGAAUGGAAGAGUUGUGAUCCAACAAGAUCAAAGGCAGUGGAGGAGCUGAAGGCAGUGUUCACGCCAAGGUUGGCCCACCUGUCGUACCUGCCUUUCGUCAUGUUCCUGGGUGAUGCCGUGAUGGAGCAGUCGCUCGGGAACGCAGACUUCAUCUCCGAGCUGUGUUUCGACUACGAGAAAGUGAUGCAGGGAGAACAGCCUUCUACACGUUCACUGGAAGUGUUCUACUUGUCUGAUUACCUGAGCCUAGGCGGGCCACAGGGAGACGAAAAGAGCGACACUGGAAAUUUGGGAAGUAACGUUUCCAUGGUUGGCAACAGAAUAGAUCUUCAGCGGUCCGAUAUACCAUCAGUACAGCUGCAACCAGCAAGCAGCAGACCAACGUCAGCGUCUGCGCCUGGCGAUGUCAUGUCACUUAUCAGCAGGAAAAUGGAAAACACUAAAAGGCACUUGCGAGGCAACUGGCUGGCGUACUGGGAGCACGAGAUCGGCAGAGCAGAGAAAGACACGCGCUUCAACUUCAAGCAGAUAAAGCUGCAGACGUUCUCAGGCCACGCCAACAGCGUGCGUGCCCUGCACGUCCUGGACAACGAGAACAGCUUCAUCAGUGGCAGCCGUGACAAGACGGUGAAGCUGUGGUCCUUGCGCAGCCAGGGCGACGGCAGCGCGGUGUCGCACUGCCAGUGGACGUACGCGGGCCACCGCCGGGCCGUGGUGGGGCUGGCCUGGCUGGAGUCCGUGCGACUGGUGGCCUCCUGCGACUACGGGGUGCACCUGUGGGACCCCUUCCUGGGCUCGGCAGUGGGCGUGCUGGAGUCGCUGCAGGUGAACGUACUGCGCGCCAUGCCGGCCCCCAGCACAGCCUUCCUGGCCGCCACCACGGACGCCGUGGCGCUGCGGCUGGUCGACGCUCGCACCUGCUCCUUCGUGAGCGAACUGAGGGUGUCGGUGAACCCAGCGGGCUACAUACGCUGCGUGACGGUGGGGCCUAGUGGCAGCUGGGUGGCAGUGGGUCAGUCCACGGGCAGUCUCACCAUCCUGGAUGUUCGCACCGGCAUGGUGGUUGCAUCGUGGAAGGGCCACGAGGGAGAGGUGCUGCAGCUGGUUUCUGCCGGCGACACGAGAAUCAUCAGCUCUUCUCUGGACCAGACGGUGUCUGUGUGGAGCGCUCUCGAUGGCAAGCAUCUCUACCACAUGAAGGGCCCCACGGAGCCAGUGCACUGUCUCGGCACGUACGGCAGCGAGCUGAUAUCGGGAACGACCGCCAAUCGCAUCGGAGUGCACACGGCGGUGGACGAGGCGGCUUCCUUCUCGUCGACCCGCCUCCGCUCCGACACGUUCCGCGGAGUGCUCACCACGAUGGCGGUGCUGCCUCUCAACAGGUUGCUGCUGCUGGGAGCGGACAGCGGCAACAUCAGCCUGCUGUGUUAGCCCCGGCAUGUGUGGAGCAGUUUCACGCUUAUUUUAAAAAACAGUUUUCAAUCAUUUUUAUUCCUAAAACCCACCCCGCACGAUGCCCAUUUUCUGCUAUAAUUGCUGUUAUACCCAUGGGUAUAAAAAUGUCCAUAAAAGUUUGUAUAGCAGAAGAGAAGAAAGAAUUCUUAACUACAUACUUACAAUAACUAUAAUAUUAACAAAAAACCAGCAAACGCAGUUGCCGACCAAAGCAAGCACAUCAGGGAAGGACAAAUAUGUUGUCAAUUUAACCAAAUACUGAAAAAAUAUGAAAAUUGCAGCUGUUUGUGUUAAAAAUUACUCAAUCUCGUGAAUGAUUUUUUGGUAUUUUAUCUUCUAUAUUUCUUUUGCAAAAAAAAUAUACCGAAGUUGGUUUAAUAUUUAAAAACAAAUACAGAGCAAUUUGGAAAUUAACGCGAGUGUAUUUUUUAUUAGUAGGUUAGUUUCAGAGUCUAGUAAUAUAAAAUUUUAAGGAUACGAGGGGAAUUAGGUUUGCUUUAAUGUAUUUUUACUUAUGAAAUAUUUAUAAUAUUACAUUAAUCAGACAGUUCAUCUAGCUGAUUCACAGUAUUAAUUAUGCUAAUUUCAUUGUAAUAGUAGAAGGAAAUUGCUACAGAUUUACGUAUUUUAUAUAUGUUACUUGAUUACUUACUUAUUUUAAUACGUACUUUGAGAAAUUGUAACUAACAAUUUUUGUAACCUAGUGAGAAAAAGAAACAUGCAUGGUUUGCAUAAUAAAUUUAAAUAUAAGGAAAACCAUCUCACAUUUUGGCUAACAGAUGUGGGUUUCUAUAAAGUGUUAGUUUAUUCAUUAAAAAUUUAUGGACCGUCAAGUCCUAAUAAACGUUGGAGUUUUGAUUAGAGAAAUAAUUUUGUGUUUUAAUUACUGAACAGAUAAUUUAAUUUUGUUUUAAGUAACAAUAAAUCUUCCUAGUAUGAAAUAAUAAAACCAAUGGUCUAAGCUAUCUAUUUAAUAAGAUAAACAAAAUGUAUGGAUACAUAUUUGCUUAAAGCACAGUAUAUGUAAUCCAGAAAUCUGUUAUUUAAUAAUAGGUAAUAAAAAAAGAUUUUGCAGUGACGAGGUUUUGAACCACAUCAAAAAUUACCCCUUGUACACCACGUGCUAUGCCACUACACUACGGAGACUUACUUACUUUGAGGUAGAGAUUAACAUUUAUUAACAGUGUAAUGUAUUUUCAUUGUGUAUUUUAAACUUGUGAUUACUUCUUUCUUUGAUUAUUUUUGUUUACCAUAUAUAUUCCAGAGUAGUUUUACUGUCCUAAAGUUUAAUUUGGCAUACCAUUACGUUAGUUAGGUCCCCUAAAGUUACAAAAGGGAUUAUAUAAGUGUGUAUAUUGCUACACGUGGGUCUACCAUCUUGAUGACUUCCACUCAUGGGUAUAGCAGAAAAAUAGAACAUGUUCUAUUAUGGUUUUGGCUAAGACUUCGGGAAUGAAAACUUUUAUACCAGAGCCAGACCUAUUGAAAGGGUGCUGUAAUGUUGCCUACACAAGAGCAAGUGCACUAACAGAAAAUAGGUAUGAAAACUGCUAAGGAAAUGGGUAUCGUGUGGGGCUGGCUUAAAAGUCAAAGAAGCAUUCAUUUAUUAGUUGCCAUGUUUUCUGGCACAUAAGAUGAGAAUUUUACGCAAGCUUGAAGAUCAUAAAGUUGCUACUCAUCUUACAUGUAAGCAUGACAGGUCGUAUUAUGUGACUGUAUGUACUUCACUGUUACAUGCAGUCAGCACAUCUGUUGGUACUUAUUCUGCUGUUUCAUGGAGUCCAGAGUUGGAAUGAUUGAGGAGUAGGAAGAUUUGUUUCAAGAAUGACUUGAUAUUCUUGUAUCAACUCUACAAUCUCCACCUUUAUUUUUCAUUGUUGUAGUUCUAUACCUGUUGUGAUUUAUUUAUGAAUAUGGUCUCUUUUUCUGUGCAGAAAGUUUUUUAAAACCAGAUAGUUAAAAACUGUUCUCCUUCCAAUUGUUUACUAAUGCAGUCAUAUAUGCCAGAAAAUACGGUAUUAAUUUAUCCUUGUGUUGGCAGUAUUUUGUAGUAUUGCAUGAUAAAAUAAAUUGUAAUGUUAUUCUCCCCACCCCCCCCCCCCCCUCCCCGCCACCCCUCCGCACCCAAAUCCAUCUUUAUAUUUUAUGAACACAUUGGUUCUUUUUUGAAGUUUCAUUUAUCUUCUUUUAAUGCUUAUUUAUUGCCAGAUAAGUAUAAUGUAAUGUUUCUGUCAAUGUUUAGUGUGAGUACCUGGAUUUUUGUGUUUCAAUGUUUUUGUCUUUUUUUCUGCCGUUUUUACAAUGUUUUUUUACAGCUAGUAUAUUAAUGGUAUGUUGAUUCAUAAUGUCAUUUAAUUUUUUACAGUUGGUUUAUAUUAAAUAGACAAUGGAAAGCAACUAUUUUAGUUAAUUUGUUACUAUUUUUUUUGUAGUGUUUUGCAUAUGUAGAAAUUUCAAACUGAACCAAACAAACUGAAUAUGUGAAUGUGUGUGUGAUUCCAAAUUCAUACAUCACAAAUUGAAACACUGUUCUUGUAAUAAUGAAUGAAAAUUUGUAAAAUAGUAUGUAGUUUUGUUAAAUAAUUGUUUUUCCAAACAAAAAGUAUGAAUCUUGGAAAAUGUGCUUUUUUUGGGAAUUUGGAAUAUCAGACUGUCAAAUUUGGUAUUUUUGCUGUACCUAAUAUGUCUCAAAAUAUGUAUGUAUUUUGUGUGGGUAUGUUAGUUUAAUUUUUUGCUUUAGUUUACACAGUCAUUUAGCUAUCAAAAGUUUAUAAGUAGCCCUGGGAUGGUUGGGAUGAAAAAUAAUUUUUGUCGAUUUAUAUGCUCACAAAUAGUUGACACAGAAUCUACAGUGACAUUGUUAAUACAAUUAUUGGAAAUACCCUGCUUUAGCCCUUAAAUUGCCUAUUAUUAUUAUUAUUUUUUAAAUCUUAGUUUAGUUAUUUAAACUGUAAAUAUUGUCCAUUGAUAAAAAGUUAUCAGUCAGUUAAUUUCGAUGCAGAUACAAUUAGACUUUGCCUGUGUGCAGUUCAGUUCUUGAGAAACUUAAUAAGUAGUGAAGUGUUUUCCGUGAACUAUUAUUUCAAAAUAAACUAAAAUUUGAGUUAACGAACACAUACUAUUUGUUUGCUAUGUAAAAAAUUGUUCUUUAAGAGCCGAUUACUCUAAAGCUGAACUUCAUUACAGUUUAUAAUAUAAAAUGCAGAACGAACGAGAGAGGAACUGGCCAGUCUGAAGCGUUAGUAAAAUGAUUCAUGAUUUCAGGAGUCAAAGUAAUCAGAAAUCGCAGCUGCGGGUUUUUACAAGAAAUAACAAUAACUAAUCAGAGAAAAAGGUUAACAAGAAUAGUGGUGGGAGUUUGGGUUAGCAACUAACAAGUAUCAUGUUACUAUUAUUAUUUUUCAUUUAUAGUCUAAGUUUUGUUUGCGAAAUCUAUCGGCGAGGUCGUUGAAAUGUGUUCAUGCACAUUUUUGUAACAGCUAGACGUCUGGAAUUUCAGAUAUCGUAGCCUGCAACGUUAGGCCGGCCGCCUAGACUUACGAAUACUCAAAGGGAUGAAUGAGUUAUGACUCGAGAUGUGCCAGAUCCCAUUGUCGGUGGUCAGAACUAAAGGAACAAAAUGAACAAUCUUUUGAAUGAAUCAUUUCACAAAACUGAUUCAAAUGAAUUAAUUUAGUCAAUUGAACUGUUCGGCCCAUCACUACUGUAAGGUUUGUUUGCUUUGUUUCAGUUUAAAGCUAGAAAGAAAACGGUUCUUGUAACACUGACAGUUCAUUUUAGAAUUGUUUUUAUUGUGCGUGUCUGUGUGUUCCAAAAUAGAACAUGCAUCUGUGCAUUGGAAGUAACCUUAAUCUAUUGAGUAAAUGUGUCAUGUUCUUUUUUUUUCAAAUUGAACUCUCAAUAUCUUUAGACCGUGGAUUUAGAGGCAAGCCAAGUUGAUAGUACCGAGAAAAAAUUAAAGUUAAGAAGCAGUCAGGCACUACAUACAACAAAUCUAAUCUUCUUUUUUGUUUGCACUGGAGGUACUUUAAGGUGUUAAAAUAUUUAACUAUUGUUUUUAAUUUUUGGUAUCUGGAAAUUGUGAAUAUAAUGUUUUAGGGGCAUUACAUUGGGGAGGAGGUGGUUUUUUAAAAUUACAUUAAACAUUUGAAGUGUGCUCUCAGGAGUAAAUAUGCAUAAUCUCCAUUAAGCAUUGAUAAGGGGAGAGAGGGAUGGAGGGUGUAGAAUGAGAUCCUGUUAGCUCUUGUGUGGCUACGCUCCUAACAUUGACAAGUAUUAUUUUCAGACUUUGGUUCCAAGGGCUGAGAUCAGAAUGAGAGGACGGUAGCAACCAGUAGAAUCAAAGUGAUUAAUUCCCCUAAUUCCUUCCUCCUCGUUCCUGCCUCCUAGUUCCUUCCUCCUCGUUUCUUCCUCCUUGUUCCUUCCUCCUCGUUCCUGCGUCCUCAUUCAUUAAUCCUUGUUCCUGCCUCAUCAUUCAUUAAUCCUUAUUCCUGCCUCCUUGUUUCUGCCUCCUCAUUCCUACCUCCUCGUUCGUGCAUAUUUCAAAACAUUUGUAUCUUCCUCAUGCUCCUUUACCUCCAUCUUUCCUUAACCCGUGUAAUGAUCUCUGUCCUUAUGAAGCUAGAAGGAUCCCUGAAUACAGUUGUAUUUAGAUAUUUCCUCUUAUGCUGCCUGUUAUAUUGGCACAAACAGAAACUAAACUAUUGAUUCUGGAGGAUUCAGUUAUCGAUGAGAAUACCUGUUCACUAUGACUUUAUCUGAAUUGGUGAACUCUUAAUUUUGCAACUACUUUUGAUAUGGAAGGCUUUAAUUUUGAUGCAUUCAUCAUUCAUUUGUUUUGCACUUAUAACAACUGAAAAAUCUGGUUGAUAAAAACCUUGUAAAAAAUUAGUUUCAACUUUUCCCAAUUACUACCUUGUGUUAUGUCAUAAAAUUCAUUUCUCAAAUGCUUCAAAUAAAAAAAAACCUUAGUUCAACCAUUUAUAGUUUCCAUUGAAAUAAUCGUGAAAAAUAUUUCAUAUAAUUUUUUUAGUUAAGGGCAAUUUUUUAUAUUUAUUUUGUUCCUCAGAUUUUUAAACAGGUAAAAAAAAAACUACACAUAUUUAUAUCUUUAUAUAAAGAUUAAAAUGAACAUGGAAAACUCAUGAUUUUGUAUUUUGUUUUGUUAUAAUUUUGUUAUUUUCAACAUGUGCAAAACAGGAAAACAAAUGAAAUAAAUACAUUAUCAUUUUUUAUUUUAAAAAAUCAGGUCACAUUGCUAUUUUGUCUGCAAAUAUCAUAUACGUAUGACACAGGAAGUUACCUGUUUGGCAGCUAGCAUAUAGGUUGUACUUUGUACAUUUAUAUGCAGAGUUUCAUAUUGAUCCUUUUCAGUAUAACAAAUUAUAUUUCUUUGGUAAAUUUUGCUUGUGUAUUCUGACAUUAAACAUAUCAAAUCUCAUGAUUUUGAGAGUUCACUGUAUUUGCUUUAAGGCAACAGUUUACAACUUCAAAGUUUCAUUUUGUAGAUAAAUUAAUAUAAUUUUUAUUAUUUCAAAGAUGUAAUGAAAACAUUCCAAAGUGUUUGUGAAUUUUUUUUAAAGAUAUUAAAAAUUUUUGUAUAUUGUUAAAUGUAGAGAUGGGCUGAGACUCUAAACGUCAAGCCAAGUCCAGCGAGUAGUUCAGCUUAACAUGGCUCAAAAGUUAGUUUAUUUUUAUUGACCAGACGAGAUUCAACAGUAUUCUUCUUUAAACUUAAUACAUAUUUGGCAUGUACAAAAACAUUAUAUCAUGAACCAUAGAAUUGCAAAUUCUUUACAGUAAAUUUGUAUUUAAUUUAUUACUCUUUAUAUUUUCCUGUAAUUUACACAGUUUUCUUAAAGUAUAUAUAUGUUUUUGCUUGGUUAUGCUUCCUGAAUAGGUAUAUCCCGAUAUUUACAUCUCACAAAAUAAAACAGAAUCAAAGCUAUUUUGGAAUUAAAGGCCAGCAGUGAGUCAUUUGUAACACAACAAGCAAAUUUUAAAAAGAGAAUACUUUAAUCUUUAAUGUCUCUUACGUAGUUUUUUCUACUACAGCAUCAAGAAAUCUUUUUGAUGUUCGUCACGAACCUAGCAAAACAAAAAGUGAUACUUUUGUAAUUUUUAAUUUCCAUCUUUGAUUUUCUGUUCAAAAUAACAGGUGUCUUUAUUUUUGUUCAUAAAAAGAGGUGGGGGUCAUGUAUUUUGCAUCUAAUUCCUACCAUUUUGUAAUAUAAAAAAAAAGAUGUUUGAAAAUGCCUAUGCAUUGACAUUUUUGUGGUACGGAAAGUCAUUACUAACCAAAAAAAAUGGGGAAAGAAAAUGAUAUAACACCAGAAGUUCCUUCCACUUGGUUGUUGGUGUCGGGACUUUUAUAAUUUAUGUGUGGUUUUUGAAUAUUUUCAUUGAAUGAUGUUAAAAUGUCAUAUUUUCUGUGAACUAAAAAUAUUUAAUACUAUGUAUGUUCCUAAAUAAGACAAAAACAUAGUAAUCACCAUAGAUGUCAAUACAAAUUUAUGUGUUUAAAUUAUACUACUUAGUAGCAAUUGGGAAAUUCUAUCAACAUUAACCAAACAUGAUUUUUAUAAGUAAGUUGCUGCAUGCAUUAUUUAAUUUGGCAUUCAGUAUUGUCUUAUAAUCUAUUAUAAUCCACUUAAUUUUCUCUGUCUCAAAAAAAAACUUCUGCAUCUACUCAUGCUUGACUUGUUUUUUUAUGGUUUCCACUAAAAUAAUUAAUCUUGUCUGGACUCCAUUUGACAGUAUCAAUACUAAACUCAACUCAGCUUACAAGUUAGGAGACUUGCCCAUCGCUAGUUAUAUGGUUUCAUAUAAUAUUGUUUUGAUGAUUAAGCACUUUGAUAUUGUGUUGAUUUUUAGUUCCUAUUUUUUGUAGUCUAUAGGUAAAAAUAUUUUUUAAUAUGAUUUUUAGAAACCCUAUUAAUUUAUGUUACAGUAAUGAUUAAUGUGUCAUGUACUGCAAGGCAUAUUUAUUCUAAAGUAAAUCCGCACAAAUAGAUUUGGUUAGUUUCACUGUGUGAAAAACCAUACUUCCAGUAUUACAUUUCCAUCAAUAAGUUUGUAUAAUUGUAACUAAAGCAUUGUGGAUAAUAAA